CAUAUGACUCCAGCAACUGUCGCUUAUUUCACGGCGCUGUGUGUAAAUUAGCUGAUUCUUGUCAUAUGAUCAGGAAACGUGUUUUUUUCUUAUAGUGCUUGUAUGCGUAUCGCUUCAGUGUUUUAAAACUCAAAUAUAUGAUUGCUUUAAUCGACACGUUUGGGAGAACGACACGGAGAGGGAAGCCAGGCUCAGGUGUAACCUCGUGUUAAAAAUGACGGACAAAGGAGCUCUUGGAAUUUUUCUUGUGUCAGUCUGUGCGCUAGCGACUUAUUGUGAUGGAAGAGUGUCACUAAGUGCCGUGGACACUGUUGAUUUAGAAGAGAAACUUUCCAAAAACGUCACCAUUACAUCAAGUUCUUCUCUGAAUAUUACUGUUAACAUCUACUUUAAUAUUACAUAUUCCUCAAGAAAUGUUUCUUCAAUAAUUCAUCUUCCAGAAGAGGCUGUUUUGCCAGCUGGGAGAACAUCAACAUAUUUUGAAGUGCAAGCAGAGAAUGCUGGACAAGUGACUGUUUACCUGUACAGCAACAACACUUACAUAGACAGACACAAAUCUCGAAUACGAUUUUUGGUCAUCAGAAGUAAUGUUCUUGCAGUCAUCAACCAAAUUAUUGGCUGGAUAUACUUUCUAGCUUGGUCUGUUUCCUUUUAUCCUCAGGCAUAUGACAACUGGAAAAGACAGAGUGUGGUCGGCCUGAACUUUGAUUUUCUUGCUCUCAACCUCACUGGAUUUAUUGCAUAUAGUGUCUUCAAUAUUGGACUGUUUUGGAUACCUGAGAUAAAGGAAGAAUUCUUGAAGAAAGAUCCAAAUGGAGUAAAUCCCGUGGAAGCAAAUGAUGUGUUCUUCAGUGUGCAUGCACUGGUCCUUACUCUGGUCUAUAUCUUCCAAUGUAUUAUAUAUGAGAGGGGAGGACAAAAGGUAUCCAAGGUGGCCAUUUUUCUACUGGCAGUUGCAUGGGCCUUUGCCUUCAUCACACUUUUCGUUGCUAUUGGUCAGAAGAUCUCAUGGCUGGACUACCUGUACUACUUCUCCUAUAUUAAACUAGGUGUUACACUGGUUAAGUAUAUCCCUCAGGCUUACAUGAACUACCAGAGACAAAGCACAGAGGGCUGGAGCAUUGGCAAUGUGCUACUGGACUUCACAGGAGGCAGUUUUAGUCUCUUUCAGAUGUUCCUGCUGUCCUAUAACAACGGUAAUGACACACGUUAUUUUUCAAGACAUGGUUUUCAAGACUCACCCAGUAAUCUUUCUAACUUUGUUUUCUUUGCAGAUAAAUGGAAGAUUAUAUUUGGAGACCCAACCAAAUUUGGACUGGGCCUUUUCUCAAUAUUUUUUGACAUCAUAUUUAUAGUGCAGCAUUAUUGCCUUUAUCGCAAUAAAGGGCCAAAUUAUCAAAUACUGAGUAGUCAAGAAUAAAGAAUUAAACCUAUGAUCAUGUAGCUAAGAUCCAAAUAUAGAAAAUGCUGUAUAGUUGUGAGACCCUGUAUCUACCUCUUACACACUUUUCAAAUGAGAUUCAGAACAUGUGGGUGAUGAAGAAAAUCGCAAAGAUAUUACAAAGACUAUUUCUACAUUUAGAGAUGGUACAUGCAUUUUAUAUAAAACAUUUUGCUAUUAAAUAAGCUCCAGUAAAGUAAAUUCAAAGUAAAAUCAUGAAUUAUACUGUCAGUUGGAGUGAAAAUAAUAUAUUUUAUAACACAACCAUAUGUUCCUAUUUCAGUAACAGAUUAUUAAGUGUUAUGCUGACUGUUUUAAUCAUUGUUUAUAAAAAUAUUAUUUUGUGAA